UGGGGGUUCACACAUCUUUAGGUGAAAGUAUGUUGGAGUAAUUGACUUUUUAUCUGGGAACUGUUAACUCUGUACAUGGAGUAAAACAUUAACUUAUUUUUCUCUUCAACAACAGGAAGUGAGGCAGGCUCCCAGCAAGGCAGGGACCUCGCAGACAGAGCCAGGGAGGAAAAUGAAGCUCCCGAUUUUCAUAGCAGAUGCGUUCACGGCGACAGCUUUCCGGGGCAAUCCUGCUGCUGUCUGCCUCCUGGAAAACACACUGGAUGAAGACACUCAUCAACACAUUGCAAGGGAGAUGAACCUCUCGGAAACCGCUUUUAUCCGAAAGCUGCAACCAACUGACAACUUCACAGAGAGUUCCCGUUUUGGACUAAGAUGGUUUACCCCGGAGAGUGAGUUCCCGCUUUGUGGCCACGCCACCCUGGCUUCUGCAGCUGUUCUGUUUCACAAAAGAAAGAACACGAACAGCACUCUAACGUUUGUCACUCUGAGUGGGGAGCUGAAGGCCAGAAAGGCAGAAGAUGGGAUUGUCUUGGACUUUCCUCUCUACCCAACCUUCCCCCAGGACUUGCAUGAAGUAGGAGACUUGAUAAAGGCAGCCAUAGGUGACACCCUGGUCCAGGACAUCAGGUACUCUCCACAUACCAAAAACCUCCUGGUCCGGCUCAGCGAUUCUUAUGACAGGUCCUUUCUAGAGACCCUGAAGGUGAACACGGAGCCUCUGCCUCAGAUUGAAAAGACAGGGAGGGUGAAAGGACUCAUUCUCACUCUCAAAGGAGAGCCAGGGGGGCAGGCGGCCCCCUAUGACUUCUACUCCAGAUACUUUGCACCAUGGGUUGGUGUGGCUGAAGACCCGGUAACAGGGUCCACCCACACUAUUCUUGGCCCCUACUGGUCUGAGGAGCUGGGGAAGAAAGAAAUGCGAGCCUUUCAGUGUUCCCGCCGAGGAGGGGAACUGGACAUUUCCCUGCGAGCUGAUGGACGAGUUGACAUGAAAGGUGGUGCGGCUAUUGUCUUAGAGGGCACGCUGACGGCCUAGAGGACACGCUGGCAUCUUAGAGGACACGCUGAGACACUUAUGCUGGGCUGUGGCUGCUGCUCAACACGGUGUUUUCUCUAUAUCAAAAAACCAAACCAAAGAACAAAUGCGCUGAGCUUGCUCCAGCAAGACUUCCAAGCACUGCUGUCAGUCCUCUCGUGAGGAGCAGGAAGAGAGAACAUUAGAUGGAGGCUCGGUACUGUCUCCAGACUCCUUCCUGAUGGUGAGCUCUGAGGUCUGACCUCUGCCUGGGUGUGGCUGUUUAGUAACCACAGCAGAGAGUGGUGUGCCACUUCUUUUGAUUAUGAAUGCCAAUCAAAGUGAGAGAUCCAUUGAUUAGGAGAUGAAAUUUAGAUUUAGGUGUGGGUACCUGAUAGAAGGUUUUCCAUAUAUAUAUGUAUGUAUGUAUGUAUGUAUACAUAUAUAUGUAAUUUUAAUUUAAAGACAGAGUCAUACUGUGUAGCCCUGGCUGGGAAGGAACUCUCUAUGUAGACCAGGCUAACCUCCGACAUCUGCCCGCCUCUGGGUUAAUGGUGUGCACCAUCACGCACAGACUCAUAACCUUCCCAUAGACCCAAUAACUCUGGGAUGCAGACCUAAUGCUGAAGUGUGCUGUGUGGGGACUCACACGGCCGUGAAGGGAGCACAGAGACAGCUCGUGUGGGAAGAUGCAGAGUAGUCUUCAUGUUAAGGAAACAAAUCCUUUGUGUUUUAAAAUUGCCUAUAAGCCACCACCAGGACAAAACCCAGGAAAUUAAAACAAACUGCAUUUGAGUAGAUUGUGUGGAGAUACACAUACUCUCCAGGAGCAGGGUGGGCUGUGAGAUCUUUCUCCUGUGUGUCCCAAGAGUGGCAAUGCCAAAGCUUCCUCUUGUUUAAUAAAGCGAGACUUAACAUGA